UUCGUCUUCUUCCAUUAUUUUAUUUCCAACACCACCAUCUCUCUGAGAAUCUUCUCUUAGAUCGAGCGAGACCAUGGAAGGAGGAGCUGCGGUUUACAAUCCUCGAACUGUUGAAGAGGUUUUCAAGGAUUUCAAAGGUCGUCGUGCUGCCAUUGUUAAAGCUCUCACCACCGAUGUUCAAGAGUUUUACCAGCAAUGUGACCCUGAAAAGGAGAAUCUUUGUUUGUAUGGGUUACCGAAUGAAGAAUGGGAAGUGAAUUUACCAGCUGAAGAAGUGCCUCCUGAGCUUCCAGAGCCAGCUCUUGGUAUUAACUUUGCAAGAGAUGGGCUCUCUGAAAAAGAAUGGCUUUCUCUUGUUGCCAUUCACAGUGACGCUUGGUUACUUUCUGUUUCCUUUUACUUCGGCUCGAGGUUUUCUUUCCACAAGGAAGAUAGGAAGCGCUUGUUCAACAUGAUCAAUGAUGUUCCUACUAUAUUUGAGGUAGUGACUGGAAUGGCUAAAAGGCAAUCAAAGGACAAGUCAUCUGCUGCAAAUCAGAAUGGCAGCAAAUCCAAGUCGAACUCUAAAGUUAGAACUUCAGAUGGCAAAAGCUCAAAGAGCAUGCAGGCAAAAGAUGAGGAUGAAGGAGUAGAUGAAGAGGAUGAGGAUGACCACGGUGAAACCCUUUGUGGAGCCUGUGGAGACAGUGAUGGAGCUGAUGAAUUCUGGAUCUGUUGUGACCUUUGUGAGAAGUGGUUCCAUGGCAAAUGUGUGAAGAUCACUCCAGCUAGAGCUGAGCAUAUCAAACAAUACAAGUGCCCUUCAUGCAGCAACAAAAGAGCACGAGCCUAAAUCUAUUGUAGUGAAUAGCCUGUAGUGACAACUCUCGCUACCCUCUUUAUUUGGCUAGUCGUAGCUCUUUAUUGGCCAUAACAGCUUGGGCCUAUUUCUCUGUAUAAUUGGUUUGAUUUUGCAACUGAAGAAAACUCUUAACUCAAUUUGUGACCU